CCUAAUGGUCUGCAAAGUCUCACAUGUCUUGAAGAGUUGUCAUUACAGAGUUGCCCCAAACUGGAGUCAUUUCCAGAGAUGGGCUUGCCACCGAUGCUGAGAAGUCUCGUGCUGCAGAAAUGCAACACUCUGAAGUUACUACCUCAUAAUUACAACUCAGGUUUCCUUGAAUAUUUGGAAAUUGAACACUGCCCAUGCCUCAUUAGCUUUCCAGAAGGUGAGCUGCCUGCCUCACUUAAGCAACUGAAGAUCAAGGAUUGUGCAAAUCUACAGACUUUGCCAGAGGGAAUGAUGCACCACAAUUCUAUGGUUAGCAACAACUCUUGUUGUCUUGAAGUCUUGGAGAUCAGAAAAUGUUCAUCCCUUCCAUCCCUUCCAACAGGCGAGCUACCCUCCACCCUUAAGCGGCUUGAGAUAUGGGACUGCAGGCAAUUUCAACCAAUUUCAGAGAAGAUGCUGCACAGCAAUACUGCACUUGAACAUUUGUCCAUUUCCAAUUAUCCAAACAUGAAAAUCCUUCCAGGAUUCCUCCACAGUCUCACGUAUCUCUAUAUGUAUGGUUGUCAAGGUCUUGUGUCCUUUCCAGAAAGAGGCUUGCCCACUCCCAAUCUCAGAGACCUUUAUAUUAACAACUGUGAGAACCUGAAGUCCCUUCCUCAUCAAAUGCAGAACCUUUUAUCUCUUCAAGAACUGAAUAUUAGGAAUUGUCAGGGCUUGGAGUCAUUUCCAGAAUGCGGUUUGGCCCCCAACCUUACCUCGCUCUCAAUCAGAGAUUGUGUGAAUCUGAAGGUGCCAUUAUCUGAAUGGGGCCUCCACAGGCUCACUUCUCUUUCAUCACUGUACAUUUCCGGUGUAUGUCCAAGUCUGGCAUCUCUUUCAGAUGAUGACUGUCUUCUUCCUUCAACUCUGAGCAAACUUUUUAUCAGUAAGCUGGAUUCCCUGGCCUGUCUGGCUCUCAAAAACCUCUCUUCCCUUGAAAGGAUAUCCAUCUACAGAUGCCCUAAGCUCCGGUCAAUUGGGCUGCCUGAAACGCUAUCAAGACUUGAAAUAAGGGAUUGCUAACAACAUCCCAAGAUGAAUUCUGCGCCCUGUAUAAAAAAAGGAAAAAAACUCACUCAGAUCAAGGAAGCCGUUCAAUGACUCAUUUGUCGUUUGCAUUGUGUUUUUCCCUCCUUCAACAAGGAAGGAAAGAAAUAAAGAAGAAAAGAAACAUAUGAAAUCCAAAAUUUCCGAACAUUAAGCAGCAAAUUCACAUGGUGAUGGUAGGAAGAAAAGAAUGAUGAAGGUGGUCAGUGCUUAUCAGGACUUGUUUUUCUGGUUUCUGCUAUUGUACACAAGCAUGAAUAUGUAUGCUAUUCUCAGUUACAUAUCAUAUACUUCUAUUGAUUUAUUUAUUUUCCAACU